AUGCGUUUCAAUACCGCCGUCACGGCUCUGGCCACCUCGGCCACCCUCAUGGGCUACGCUCAUGCCGAGGAGGUUGAAGUCAAGCCCGAUUCCACCACCGCGAUCGAGAAGCCCACAUUCACGCCCACCACCCUCAAGGCCCCCUUCCUGGAGCAGUUCACCGAUGACUGGGAGUCCCGGUGGAAGCCCUCGCACGCCAAGAAGGACGACCCCAAGUCUGACGAGGACUGGGCCUUUGUAGGCGAGUGGGCGGUCGAGGAGCCCACCGUCUUCAAGGGAAUCGAGGGUGACAAGGGCUUGGUGGUCAAGAACGUUGCCGCCCAUCACGCCAUUUCGGCCAAGUUCCCCAAGAAGAUCGAGAACAAGGGCAAGACUCUGGUGGUCCAGUACGAGGUUAAGCCGCAAAACUCAUUGGUGUGCGGUGGUGCCUACCUCAAGCUUCUUCAGGAAAACAAGAAGCUUCACCAGGAGGAAUUCUCCAAUGCCACUCCCUACGUGAUCAUGUUCGGUCCCGACAAGUGCGGUGCUACCAACAAGGUUCACUUCAUCUUCCGUCACAAGAACCCCAAGACCGGCGAGUACGAAGAGAAGCACCUCAAGACUCCCCCCGUCGCUCGCACCUCCAAGGUGACCUCCCUCUACACUUUGAUCGUCAAGCCCGAUCAGACUUUCGAGAUUCUUGUCAACGGCGAGUCCGUCAAGGCCGGUAGCCUCCUGGAGGAUUUCACUCCUCCCGUCAACCCCGAGAAGGAGAUUGACGACCCCAAGGACAAGAAGCCUGCCACCUGGGUCGACGAGGCUCAGAUCCCAGAUCCCGAGGCUACCAAGCCCGAGGAUUGGGAUGAGGAUGCUCCCUACGAGAUCCCCGAUGAGGAUGCCGAGAAGCCUGCCGACUGGCUGGAGGACGAGCCCACUAGCAUUCCCGACCCCGAGGCCGAGAAGCCCGAGGACUGGGAUGAUGAGGAGGACGGUGACUGGCUCGCGCCCACCGUUCCCAACCCCAAGUGUUCCGAAGUCUCUGGCUGCGGUGUCUGGACUCCUCCCUUGAUCAAGAACCCCGCCUACAAGGGCAAGUGGUCCGCCCCCAUGAUCGACAACCCCGCCUACAAGGGCCCCUGGGCGCCUCGCAAGAUCCCCAACCCUGCCUACUUUGAAGACAAGACUCCCUCCAACCUGGAGCCCAUGGGUGCUAUCGGGUUUGAGAUUUGGACCAUGCAGAACGAUAUUCUCUUCGACAACAUUUACAUUGGUCACUCCGUGGAGGAAGCUGAGCAACUCCGCAAGGAGACCUUCGACGUCAAGUUCCCCAUUGAGGAGGCCGAGGAGGAGGCCAGCAAGCCCAAGCCCGAGGACGCUGCCCCCGAAGGUCCCACUGUGAGCUUCAAGGAGGACCCCGUGACCUUUGUCCGCCAGAAAGUCGACCACUUCAUCGGCCUGGCCAAGGAGGAUCCCAUCAACGCGGCCAAGACCGUCCCCGAGGUUGCUGGCGGACUUGCUGCCCUUCUCUUCACCUCCAUCCUGAUCAUCUUUGGCGCGAUCGGCUCCAGCACCCCAGCUCCGGCCCCCAAGAAGGGCAAGGCGCCUGCGGCCGGUGGUAAGGAGAAGAAGAACGAGGCCACCAGCUCCUCUGCCGACACCGGCAAGGGCGGUGCCACCAAGCGCACCACCCGCUCCUCUGCGGAGUAA